GGAAGAGAUAGAGAGAGAAAGCUAACAAGGACUGUGUUUCUCGAUUUAGGGUUUGCUGCAGGACAAGAAGCAGCAGUAGCAGCAAGCAGAAGAAGCGAUGCCGAAGAACAAGGGAAAGGGAGGUAAGAACAGGAAGAGAGGAAAGAACGAAGCCGAUGAUGAGAAGCGUGAGCUAGUCUUCAAGGAAGAUGGCCAAGAAUACGCUCAGGUUCUUCGUAUGCUCGGCAACGGUCGGUGCGAAGCCAUGUGCAUCGACGGCACCAAACGUCUCUGCCACAUACGAGGUAAGAUGCACAAGAAAGUCUGGAUCGCUGCUGGUGAUAUCAUACUCGUCGGCCUCCGUGAUUAUCAGGAUGACAAAGCUGAUGUCAUCCUCAAGUACAUGCCCGACGAGGCAAGGCUGUUAAAGGCCUACGGCGAGCUACCAGAGAAUACUCGUCUCAACGAGGGUAUCGCCGGUGGCAUCGACGAGGAGGAUGAUGGUGCUGGUGACGGAUAUAUUGAUUUUGAGGAUGAGGACAUCGAUAAAAUCUAGGGUUUGGGAAUCUUGUCUUCUGCCUUUCUUAUUUUUUCACCUUCUUAAAUAUGUUUACUAUAAAAUCUUAUAAGGAUGAAUAUCGCGAGAUUCGUAUUCUGUAGUUAAAUUUGAGGGUUCUUCCCCCCCCCCCCCCCC